AUGGAAGACGCUGUCCGGCCAGCAGAGUCUGCACGGCGUGCAGUGUUUGAGAGGGGCGUUCGUGUGUGGUCGAGUCUUGCUGAUACUGCUGUCAAGAGUACAACAACAUUGCCUGAUAGCUGCUAUGACUUGAGUAUACUUGCAGAUGUACCGUGUCUACCGCCAGAGUUGGAUUUAAAAGAAGUGCAUGGCACGGUAUAUGCGACUGGGACUUCAGUAUGGACAGUAGACGACUCCGAUGAUUCCACUUAUAUUGAACAGAGCGUUGAUAUUGCGGUUUCCACACGCUGGUCAAGUAAUAUUACACUGACCAAUGGGGCCUUGGGCUAUCGGUCCUGGUUUGGCUGUGAGGAUAACCACAUUGCGAUACUUGUUCUCGCGUGGGCCUAUAUUCUCUCGGCUCGCUGGGCGGAACUAGUAUCUGGCUCUGUUCUCGAAUACAACAGCCAGACAGUCAAUAGCAAUAACAAUCAGGAUAUCAUUUCUGUGAAUGCAGGAAUAAUAAAUGAUGAUGCAGUAAGGUGGUGGACUGCUGUGCUAUCCCAAGAUGGCUGGAAGGCUUAUAUUCCUUCCGAUACGGCCAGAUAUAAGUCCCCAUGGUCGAUAUCACUACAGUCCCCCAUCCAUUUUCGUUUGUCUCACCGUGGAGGCACUCUGGUAAAAACUGGGGCUAUAUCUUCCGUUGCUGCUCUUGGGUACAUUUCGGAGUAUUGUGACUUCCACGGCAUUACUGACCAGAGCUAUGCGGCAUUGUCAGUUGCUCUACUGCUGCCAAUGCUCAGUUCAAGGGGACGCAGCGUUCGCUUACCAAUACCAAAAACCAGCCAUGAAGACUCUGCAUGUAGGGAAAAGAAGCAGGUCUGCCACGAGCAGCUGUAUAAGCUCGAUUUCCUGGAUAAACUUCUGGUUUUGAGCUGCAAUACUAGAGGAAUACGUGGUCUUUUGUCCAGCAUCUUCUAUGACCCAGAAGUAGCCUGCAAUUCCGCAAGUCCAUGGAUCCAAGCAAUUAUCACUGUACUCAAACCUGUUGAAAAUACCCACCUCAUUCAUGUUAUGGCAGCGAGGUCGCCACACCUAGCUUUCAUAUGGCCAGGGGCAAUAAUAACGGGCCUUCACAGCGAUAUAAUAAAGGAUGUACGAUUUGGCUUAACUACAGUUGAGUUGCACUCAGCUAUGUGGACUGGGACGAUCCAGUCUUUUAUACAAGAGCCUCUAUCUAAACCCGUAGUUACGGGCAGUUAUGUUUCACGUGCUAACGAAUGCCGUUUGCUAUAUAUUCUACAGGAAGAGCAUCACGAGCACUGGCCGGAGUGUCCAUGGCCACCCUUUGGUCAAACGGCCCUCGAAGAUACUCACCCUGGUGUUCGCUCAAAUGCAGAAAAGCUUACGGGUGGACUCGUAUACAUUGAAUGGAGAUGGGCUUGUAAAGAAGGCAGCGUUAUUCACCACGUUGCCAGUGGCAGCCUUGUGCCAGUUUCCUGGAAAUUACUGAACGAAGCAUCUGAUAUUCCUAUCAGUUACGAGGGCUUUGAUGAUGAGGAGCUAGCAUCAAAGGAUGCAUCACGGAGUGUUUUCAGUUGGCUACGUUCUAAGGGAUAUCCAACAAGUGAAAGAGAGAUAUAUUGUCACGAAUGGUUUUACGUUAGUCCUUCGGAUGAAGACGGUCACUAUGGAGCUAUCCGGCGAGCAGAGAGGUUUAGACGUAAAGGCGUAGAGCAACAAAAGUGA